AUUACAAAUAUUUCUUUGAGCCAAAAUAAGCCGAAUAUUUUAGUAUUUUUUUUUGUUAAAAAUCUGUAAAAAAUUUAAAUUUUAAUAUAAUUUUUUUCCUUCGAUCAUUAACUAGAUUUAUCCAUUUACUGUCGAAAUAUUUUUGGUUUUUUGAUUUUAAUAUUGAGUUAUAAUGUCCACGGCAAGAGCCUUUUUUGGACACAUGAUCAGAGAUGAAGUACCAACGGCUGAGUUUUCGAAAUUUUUCAAUAAAAAUUUAAAUGAAACAACCCUUAAAGGCUUAUGAAACUCCUACAGGAGAGAAUUCAGUAAAAUUUUUACAAAUAUGUUCGCACCAAAAGGGUUGCUUUUGUUUUUUUGCUUUUCAUUUUCAGCGCAUCCCGAAAUUGCAAGUAGCGCCACAAUUGCAUCAUCCGAUGCCAUAACGUCCGCUCACUUCAAAGAUUGCAACGAAAUGAUGUAUGAACAACUUGUCGCAUAAGUGUACAGUGAACUGACUUGCGACCCGGUAUGCAUACAAGUCUGCAAGUGUAUUCACUGCUUUAUUGAAUAUCCGACUGAGGUUUCACAAUUAUAUUUAAUAUUAAAUAAAAUGAUCUCAGUAACUUAACCUCACUUUAUUACUACCAACCGUAUUUGAGGUUAAACACGAAAUUAUUAAUUAAUAACACUAUACAAGAUGUCUUCACUAAGGCAUAAGUAUAUAAUAUAUAAACAUUAAAGUGCUUCCUGACCAUUAACUUGAUAUAACAAAACCAAACUAUAAACAUUACACAGUUUUCCUGUAUAUUACAAAGUAUAAUAUACUACUAUUAAUAGGAGUAUCUGUAGACUGCUUAGAAUUUUAUGUUGAAGAUUAUUUCUAAAGGCUUUCUUGCUUCAUUCGGUGUAAAAGCGCGUACUUGAAGAACUAUUAACUAUAAACUCUGUUAAAGUCAAAACCAUGACGCGCAUGACAAACUCAUGUUUGAAAUAAAGAAUAGGGGAAACUGUUGAUUUGAUUUGCAGAUAACCACAAACAAUUAAAAUGCAAUUAACAGCUAUUUACUUGCAUUUUCGAUAUGUUUAAAAAACGUUGAGUGGAUUUUGCGCCAGUGUUCAGCCGGAAAGCAAGUAAAACAAACAACAUUUGGAAAAGUUUCGCUACUGAAAUCCCAAAAAAAUUUAAAAAAACACUGAAUUACCGUUAAAAAGUUUAUAAAAGGAAAUGCAGCACUUGAAAUGGGUGAAAAUCUGUGUGGGAAUUACUAUUGGCAAUCUGAUGUUAUUCGGUUUCUCAGCGCACGGCAUAUCACUGCGGAAUUAUCGCUUUUACAAUUCUUAUAUAACAGCGUUGUAUUCACUGACAAUUGCAAUCGCUUUCACAGUGUGCUAUGGACAAAGUAUGUUGAACGAUUGGCAGCAAAACCAAUUUGAUUUGGAGAAUGUCAUUAAACUAUACAGUUAUAUGAAUAUCACAUCAGUGAUUAUCAACUAUUUAACAGUACUCCUACUGUCACGUACAUUUGUGCGUUUCUUUAAUGGUGUUUCACUUUUUGAGACGCUCAAAUUCUUUGAUGUCAGCGCUAAAACAGUGAUUGUAUCGGUAAGAUUGGUUAUCCUUAAGGCCAUACUCAUACCUGUCAUAUAUGAGGUGACAUUGAUAUUACAACAACUACGUAAUGAACCGGACAAACAUUUAUUGUGGACAUUAUAUACACUCUUGCCAAUGGUGCUCUCACAAAUGUUGCCGCAUCUCUUCUUUGGCACAUUAGUUAUUAGUAAAGUGCUGAUGGAAACAUUAAAUGAACGUUUAAGUGAAAUCGCCAAUGAGACCAACUGCAUGCAAACUGCAUUGCAGAUGAAGCUGCACAAACCAUAUUAUCGUAUGCAGCGUUUUUGCGACUUGGCUGAUCGUUUGGAUUUGCUGGCGCAAAAAUACCAAAUUAUUUGCCGGCAAACAACAACGUAUCUACAAUUGCUUUCGGCGCCACUAAUUUGCUCGUUGCUUUGCAAUUUGUGCGGCAUCACAGUGGGUUGUUUCAGACAAUAUUUAGCUAUUGCUGAAACGUUUGUAAACAACGAGCCCUAUGAUGUAUUUCAUGCGCUAACUAAUGCAGUCUUUCUGGCCAUAUCGGUGAUCGAAGUGAUGUUACAAGGGCACAUUUCUGAUAAUAACAUUGUGAAGGUGCAAGAAACUGGCUUGAUACUACAACGCAUUAAUCUGACACAUGCGGAUUUACGUUUCAAACAGUCGGUAGAGGCAUUUUCAUUGCUUGUAUUAGUGACAAAAUACAAAAUUCAACCACUCGGAUUGCUGGAAAUUAAUAUAUCACUCAUUCAAGAUGUUCUUUCGGCGGUUACCAGCUUUUUGUUAAUAUUCGUGCAAAGUGAUCUUACUUUACGUUUCUCAUUGAAGUAAAAUAGCUACAAGAUCUGAUA